AUAUUAUUCGUUAAAGGCAAGCUUCCAAAUGCAAUCCUCUCCUACUUAGACUCCGGUGGCAAGCUCUAAAUUGCCACAAUUUCCACUCUCACCUUCAGUAAGAAAGCCAUCCUCUUUGCCAUCUCUUGCACUUUCACUUGCAAAUAAAAUUCAUGAUUUGAUUCAAUUUUUGAAAAUUCAUGAUUCAAUAGAAAAAAAAUAUAAUCAUCCAAAAUCAAAGAAUCCAAGGAUAUUGAAUGAGUGAAAGGGAAGCCUUUCAAGGAGAUUUACAGAGGCUGAUAAGACUGAGAGUGAAUUUACGAGGCUUCGAGGUAAUUGAUGAAGCAAAAGAACAGAUUGAGGCCGUCUGUCCUGGAACUGUCUCCUGCGCCGACAUUAUUGCUUUUGCUGCCAGGGACAGCGCCUACAAAGCAGGAGGAAUAUACUACGCCGUUCCCGCCGGACGCCGCGACGGACGGAUUUCAAUUGAGGACGAAGUGAUCCAGAAUCUCCCUUCACCCAACCUCACCGCAUCGGAACUGGUCAAGAAUUUUGCAAGGAAGGGGAUGUCUGUGGACCAGAUGGUAACACUUUCCGGGGCACAUUCCAUUGGGGUUUCUCACUGCUCUUCCUUCUCCGGACGCCUCUACUCCAACGCCACUCCUCCUCAAGACCCAUCUUUGGACCCAAGUUACGCUGCUUUCUUGAAAACAAAGUGCCCCAGGGCCGGUGCAGACUCCACGGUGGCGCUGGACAUUGCAACACCUACCCGGCUGGAUAACAAAUACUACAAAGAGCUUAAGUACAACCGCGGAUUGCUGACUUCUGAUCAGACAUUGAUGAACAGUCCUUUAACUACAGGGAUGGUGGUGAACAAUGCGAGACAUGGUGCUCUGUGGGCUGAGAAGUUUGCCAAGGCAAUGGUGCAUAUGGGUUCCCUUGAUUUGCUCACCGGUACCCAAGGUGAAGUACGGAGGCAUUGCAGUGUCGUGAAUUAAGAAAUACUUCGCAUUUUUUUGCUGUCAUAAGUAUUUGAUUUCAUAAGUUGAGAAAGUUUGGAUUCUUUCAUUUUUUUAGUUUAAGACAGAGAAAUGUAAUUGUAAAUCAUUUUUUACUGUUGAUGAGGUCAAAUAUAUGAAACAAAUGUGAUUUGCUUAU